AUGCAGGGUAAAGAACGUAAUAAUGAUAUAUUUUCAACAAAUAAUAAUCUAAAUAAAAAUUCUUUAGAUAAUAGUGCAUUUUUUGAUAAAAAUAUGAAACACUGUAAUAGGUUGAAAAUACUUAGUGUUUCGACAGAAGCAGACUCUCAUAGAUGUUCAACUAAUUCUCUUUCAAAUAUGUUAAAUUCAAAUAAUAUUAAUAAUUACAACAUUAAUUUUUCAUCUACAAGUUACAGUGAGAAUGAUUAUAUAUUAAAUGCUUUAAAAGAAUUAGGUAAUAAUUAUAAAACAAACAAAGAUUUUAAAAGUAAUUCUUCUUUACUUAAUUUAAAGCCAUGCAGUAUAAUAUAUGAUAAUAAAAUAACUGAACAAAAUAUAAAUGGGGAGACAUAUCUUUUUAGUCAAGAAAAAGAUAAAAAUAACGAAAAUAAUAUUUUAGUAAGUAAUACGAAAAAUGAUGAUGAACAAAAAUAUUUAUCAGUAUGCCCUGAUACAAAUAAAUUAAAUUUGUAUACAUUUGAAAAAAAUGAAAUUAAACAUAACCUAUGUAAUGAGAACAACAUAUAUGAAAAUAUUCCAAUUAAUAGUAAAGUAAAAUUAUUACCUUACUUUGAAAAAAUAAACGAACAAAAUUCUGAUGAAGUACAAAUUAAUUCAUUUAGUAUAAGUAAUAAUGUAUAUAAUAACAUGAUUAAGGUAUCCGAAAAUAUGAAAAAUAAUAAUAAUAAUAAUAUCAAAAAAAUUAAUGUGAAAGAUACAAUGGAAAAGAAAAAAGAAAAAAAAUUAGUAAAUACUAAUCAAGAUAUUGAGAAUAAGCUUAUUAAAAAUAUAACUAAUAAUAAUAUAAGUGAUACAUUUGAUGAAAAUGUAGUAAAUGUUACUGUUGAUGAAGACAUUUAUAAUAAUAAUGUUGCUAAUAAUGAGAAUAAAAAUAAUUAUAAUAAUAGUAAUAAAGAUGAAGGAAGUUAUAAUAUUAAUAAUAAUGAAGACAGUUAUAAUAAUAAAGUUGACAUUGGUGAGAAUAAUAAUGGUAAUUAUAAUAAUUACAACGUAUUACUGGAGAAACAUGAAAAUGAAGUAUUAAGUAUUAAUAAUAGUGAAAAUAUUCCUAAAAAUAAUAAAUUUAAAUUUAAUUGCAACAAAAAUAGUAUUCUUUUUAAUGCUACAGAAAAAAUAACAAAUGAACAGAGUAUAAAUAAAGAUAGUAAUGAUAAUUUUAACUUUAAAAUGAGUGAUAAUUUAAUAAAUGUAUCCCGUAAUAUAAAAGAUUCUUCAUUUAAAAAUAACUUAAAGGAAUUCUUUGAAAAAGUGGAAAACGAAAAUUCAAAUUAUAUUGACAAAAAUAACAUAAAUAAUUGCAUGAAAUCAAAUAAGAGAGAUGAGGAAAUUAUUGAAAGUGACAUAAGUAAAAUUAAACUUCCAUUUAUUAAUUUGAAAAAAGUAAAUAAAAAUUCUUAUAAUAUUUCCGAUACAACAGUGAACAAACUUUCAGAACAAAAUUACUUUAACAAUACAUUUGAUAAUACAAUUACGGAUAUGAACGAAACAAAGGAAAUGGAAAGCUUUGAUGAAAAUUAUUUUUAUGAUUUAAAAAGCAACGAAAUUCUAUUUUUUGAAAAAGAGAGAGAUAACAAAAUUUUUAAUUCUAAUAUAGAAGAAAAUUUUAAAUAUUUAAGUGGUGUAAUAAUAAAUAAUACUAACAAUUGCAGUGAAGCAUCCGUUAACUUUAGUGAAUAUGAUAAUGAACAUAAAAAUAAUUAUACUUAUGAGCAUGAAAAUAAUUUGAUGAUAAGCAAAGUAAAUUUUAAACUUUUAGAAAAAAAUUUGUUAAAAGAAAAUAUUUUGUAUAAUAAUUUUCCUUUUAAUAAAACUAAUGAAUGUGUAGAACUCAAUAUAGAUGGGGGAUCUAAUUAUAAUAAUUAUCAAAAUUGUAAAGAAAAUAAUAACAUUUUUAUACAAGAGAAAAUGCUGAAUAGUAUAUAUAAUAAUAAUGAGAACUUUGACAAGUUAAGCAGUAUAGAUAAAAUAAGUACUAAAAGAACAUUAAAAAGCAAUAAAAAUUUAUAUAUAUCGGAAUUGUUAAAUGAUAAAGGAAAUAACAAUUCGUCUAUUAUGAAUAAUGAAAAUUAUAAUUCUUUUACUGUAAUAGAUAAUUUAAGUAACCCUGAGACAAUGAAUAAAAAGAAAUUGAUAUUUAUGGAUAAUACAGAUGAAAACAUAUUUUUAGAUAACAAAAUGAAUUCAAAAGAUUUAAGUGAUAAAAAUUUAGAUAAAGAUAUAAUGGAUAUAUAUAAUAUCAAUCACAACAAACAUAUAUCUAAUGAGAAAUUAUUUAUAUCUGAAGAUUUGAAUUCAUAUAAUAAUAUACUUUCAAGUUUGAGCAGUAAAAAUGAUGAUUUCAUAAAUUCAUAUACAAAUAGCAAAUUUAAUUUUAAAAAUAAAUUUUAUGAUGAUUACUUUUUUUCAGAUAAUUUUAUAGACGAAAAAAACGACAAAUAUGAGGAUAUAAUGAAAUAUUUUGAUUACUCAGUAAAUAAUAAUAAUAUUAAUAGCCAUGAUAAUAUUGAAGAAACAAACUCCAAAGAUACAGAUAGUAAAAGUAGAAAUUCUUUAGCUAAAUUUACAUUAAUAGUUAAUGUUCCACCUAAUACUACAAGAAAAGAUUUAAUGGCAGUUUUCAGUAAAUUUGGAAACGUUGAUUUAACUAUGGUUGUAUGUGAUAAACAAUCAAGACAUCCUAAUAAAGAAUGGACAGCAACAUCAGGAUAUGCAUUUGUUCGUUUCGCUACCAAUUUAGAAGCACAAAGAACUUUAAAUGCAACUACUUCAGGUUUAGUUAGAAUUAGAGGCAGUAGAGUUAGAGCCACUUGGGCAAAAAAAGAUUCUUACUCAAAAAGAGAAAAAGAAACUACCUUUAAAAUACCUUCUUCUAUUCUUAUUAUAAAUGUAGAAGAAUUUAUUUGUUCUAUUUGUAAAACCAAUUUAUCAUAUGAACCUAGAUUAUUUCCUUGUUGUUACGCUUCAUGCUGCUCUGAUUGUUUAAGAAGUUAUAUUAUGAAUGAAGAAAAUCAAGAAAAUAUAAAAUGUCCUAACUGUUCUUUAUCCUUUUCUGAGAGAAUUAUUAAAAUCGAUAAAAAUUCAAAAGGUGCAAUGGCAUUAUUAUAUAAAUUUCACUGUAAUAUUAAAGUCAGGUGUCCAAAUGAAUGUUGCAAAUGGAUUGGUUUUCAAUAUCAGUAUUUAAAUCAUAUCCUUUCAUGCAAGUUUAAUCAAACAUAA